CAGCCGGACUGUGUGAAGUCGCGCGGUCAUGUGACUGGAGGGGCUCGCGAGUCCAGAGCGCAGCUCGAACAGCCAGACGGUGACCGGCGGACAGCGAGCGGCAGCUUCACUGACGAACCCUCCGUUCACACCGGCAGCAGAGCAAGCACCGACCGACCAGACCUAAGCCCCUGACCCGCGGACAGCCCACCGGGAACACCCCCAUCCCCUCGGCUCCGCGAGCACCGCAAGGAAGGCGACCUGUUUACCGCCGCGAGGAGUUACCGGUGACCCCGGGCCACUUGUGGGAUCCGAGAGAUUUACACCUCCGGUCCACCGUCGUAACGGAAUAAGCCACCGGCUCCAGAAUCUCUACUUCGCCCCCCGGUUUGCCCUCGGAGGGGGUCCGGAGCCGAGACGCCCGGAUAGAGGCGGUCAUCAACCGCGGAACCGGGGGAAUUGAUCUGCAGCCGUCCAGGAAAAGACCACCGACCGGUGGACACCGAGCCAGACCGACCGGCCCGGGACCCGCCGUGACAGACACCGGGCUGGUUGUGUGUCUGCGGACCGGAAACCCGAGUCCUCAACACUUUUUAUCUUUUUAUCAUUUCUUCAUACGGCGGGUUUUGUGAGGGAGGUCGAUACUGUCCCGGUCAGGGCUCUCAGCGGGGCUGUACCGGGGGUUCCGUCCGGAGAGGAGCGCCAUGGUGGGGGAGAUGGAGAGCCGGGACAAGCCCAAGCCGAGCCCGGACUACCUCAUGCAGCUCAUGAACGACCGCAAGCUGAUGAGCAGCCUGCCCAACUUCUGCGGGAUCUUCCACCACCUGGAGCGACUGCUGGACGAAGAGAUCAGCCGGGUGAGGAAGGACAUGUACAACGACACGCUGAACGGCAGCGAGCGGCGCCUCAGCGAGCUGCCGGACGCCAGCGGGCCCACGGUGCAGCUGCAGGAGAAGCUCUACGUCCCCGUCAAGGAGUACCCUGAUUUUAACUUCGUAGGGAGGAUCCUGGGGCCCCGGGGCCUCACAGCCAAGCAGUUGGAGGCGGAGACAGGCUGUAAGAUCAUGGUGCGGGGGAAGGGCUCCAUGAGGGACAAGAAGAAGGAGGAGCAGAACCGGGGUAAGCCCAACUGGGAGCACCUGAGUGAGGACCUCCACGUCCUGAUCACCGUGGAGGACGCGCAGAACCGCGCUGAGCUCAAGCUCAAGCGCGCCGUGGAGGAGGUCAACAAGCUGCUGGUGCCCGCCGCGGAGGGAGAGGACAGCCUGAAGAAGAUGCAGCUGAUGGAGCUCGCCAUCCUGAACGGGACAUACCGCGAUGCCAACAUCAAGUCACCCGGCCUGGCCUUCUCCCUGGCCGCGUCCGCCCAGGCUCCGCGCCUCAUCACCGGCCCCUCCCCCCUGCUGCAGCAGGCCGGGCUCCGGACCCCGACUCCGGGGGGCCCCGCCCUGAUGCCGCUGAUCCGCCAGAUCCAGACGGUGAUGCCCAACGGGGCCCCCCACCCGGGCGGGGCCACGCUGCUGCCCCAGGGCCCUGAGGGGGGCCUGAUCUACGCCUCGCCCUACGACUACCCGUACGCGCUGGCGCCGGCCGGCUCCCUGGUGGAGUACCCCCUGGACUCGGCCGGGGUGCUAGGUAAGCACCUGCAGCCCUGCUCCUGUGAGUGCUCGCCCACACCCCACCACCACCACCACCACCAGCUGCACGCCCAGUGGAGCCCCACCCCCACGCUGCUGCUCCGGCACACCUCCUAGAGGGCCCGGGCACACCGACCCCCGACCCCUGACCCCCCGACCCCGAACCCCUGAACCCUGACCCUGUUUCCCCAAACCCCUGACCCAUCCCCUCAUCCAGGCCCCUCCCCCCUACAGAGUAAGCCACGCCCACUCGGUCCUUCGAGGAGAGGAGGGGAGUGAGGGGGAGACGGAGGGAGGGGAAAACCAAGAGGGAGAGAUAGAGAGAGAGAGAGAACAGAGAGAGAGAGACCUUCAGCUGAUGCUAGGUGUGAUGGGCGCGAGUAAGAGAUGAGGGGACUUCCUUCCUCCUCUCUGUCAGUGAGCAGAACCUGGUGGGAGCUCAGAGUGACCUCAGCAGGCCACACCCCCCGGCGGAUUGUCUGUCUGAGCAGUAGGGCAGUAACACACAGACACGCACACCAUAACACACACACCAUGACACACACAGACACACAUCAAACCCGCACCCUGUUUGACCUCACACUACUUUAUUUAUUUAUUUAUUGUCCUCACUUUACUUUGAAGCACUUGGCUGACAGUCACACACCGAGAGGAAGGAGAUCAAACCUGAACUCAACCUUCCUCACAAGAGUUUAAACAGCCCAGAACAGGACGGCAGCUCCACCAAGGGCUGCUGCUGCCUCUGACACACAGACGGGUGGACGGACAGAUGAUACAGACAGACAGACAAGUGGACGGACAGAUGGAGAGACGAUACCGACAGACAGGUGGAGAGACGAUACCGACAGAUAGGUGGACAGACAGACGAUACAGACAGACAGACAGGUGG